AUGAAUUUGCCGGAGUAUCACCGAUUGGCUGAUUAUAUAACCUCGGACCAUAGUCAAGACUGUACCCAAGAUACCGACGUUGCCUUCAUCGAAGAAGGCCCUUGGGACGGAGAGGUAGAAGAACUAAUAACCUCAUUUUCUACUAUUGAAGAUUUAUACACAGCGAUUCGCGUGAGAAAGGAUAACAAUCAACUCGACAUGGCUUUAAAGUUCGCUCCAUUUGCUUCUGAAAUAGAGCUACCAUUUUACACAGCUCUUUCCCAACUAAAGAUCGAUCAUGAUAAACUGGACGAUUCUGCAAGACCUGUUCUUGGGUUAUAUGAACCAAGAGCUACACAGAGUCCUGAUCAAAGUUCUCGUAUGAGAGUUCUUGGUAAUGCUUUGAGUAGCAACGAUGUUCCAUCUGGUCACAUUCGAGCGGAGGGCAAAAUCAAGAAUGUUAAUACCAUCGAAGAUUUCAAAAAUAUGGACAAACAAGCAAUGUUACAAACUUCUGCCAAACAAAUUUGGGAUGCCAUUAAUGAUGGCACCAUUUAUUCCAUCCCUUCAUUACUUUCUUCAUUCACUAUUUUGUCGUUUGCAAAUUUGAAGAAGUACACUUUUACAUACUGGUUUGCUUUUCCUGCUCUCCAUUCGGAGCCGGCAUGGCGGAAAGUUGAACAGCCGCCUAAAUUUAGUGCAGAAGAAACCACGGCGCUUACGGAAGAACUUGGUACAUGGCGUUACAGCCACGAUAAUAGAGAGCAUGGGUUCUUUCUAGCCAAGCGAGUAUAUCCAUCUUCGGAACAGCCACAAGAUCCAGAGAAUGAAUCGACCUCCGAUUUGCCCUUCAAGUGGGUUAUCGGAUCCUUGAGAGAAUUCGAAAAUGGGUUCUUUAAUGGUGUAGAUACAAAGGAUCAAUAUGUAUCUUUUGUUGACCCGUCUACUUAUCAUGAGAAUCCGGGGUGGAUGCUACGUAACCUGUUAGUCCUAGUUAGACGGAGGUACAAGCUCGACAAAGUCCAAAUACUUUGCUACAGAGAUAAUCAUGCAAAACGCCAUGUGCCUCAGAGUUUAAUCUUGAUUUUAGAGAGCAUCUACGACCCAGAAUAUCAAUUCAAUGCUCCGGAUCAGAUACCUAAAGUAACAGGCUGGGAGCGUAAUAGUCUUGGAAAGCUUACUGCUAAAGUCACCAAUUUGGCUCAAUACAUGGAUCCCGCUCAAUUAGCCGACCAAGCGGUAGAUUUAAAUCUUAAAUUGAUGAAGUGGCGCAUCGCACCUGAAUUGAAUUUGGAUGCUAUUAAGAACACGAAAUGCUUGCUACUCGGAGCUGGAACCCUUGGGACAUACGUUUCGAGACUUCUGAUGGGUUGGGGCGUACGCAAAAUAACCUUCAUUGACAAUGCCUCCGUAUCUUUUUCGAAUCCUGUUCGCCAGCCAUUGUUCGACUUCAAAGAUUGUAUUGAUGGCGGCGCCAAGAAAGCAUAUAGAGCAUCUGAAGCUCUUCAGGAAAUUUAUCCAGGAGUUGAUAGCACUGGACAUGUGAUGGCAGUACCAAUGCUUGGACAUCCGAUCACAGAUGAAGCUGCUACGAAGGCGAACUUCGAACUCCUACAAAAGCUUAUUGAGGAUCACGAUGCAAUCUUUUUAUUAAUGGAUACUCGUGAGAGUAGAUGGCUCCCAACUGUUAUGGGCAAAGCGGCUGGUAAGAUAGUGAUGAAUGCAGCUUUGGGAUUUGACACGUAUGUUGUGAUGAGGCAUGGGGUUACUCCUGAAGAUGGAGGUCCUGCCGCUCUAGGCUGUUACUUCUGCAAUGAUGUUGUAGCGCCAUCUGACUCUGUGAAAGACCAAACUCUUGAUCAACAGUGCACAGUCACUCGUCCUGGUGUUGCGCCCGAAGCAUCUUCUAAGCUUGUAGAACUGCUUGCGUCUGUUAUUCAACACCCGUUGAAAGGUGCUGCUCCAGCUCCGAAGCUCUCCCCAAACCAACAAUCUGGUCAAUUGGAGUUCGAUCGGGACCCACCAAAUCACCCUUUAGGUCUUGUACCUCAUCAGAUUCGAGGUUUCUUGGCCGCUUACAAAACAAUGCUAAUCAGCGGCCCUUCUUACGAUUGCUGCUCAGCCUGCUCACCAAAGAUUGUGAAUGCAUACAAAGAAGAUGGAUGGGAAUUUAUCAAGCGCGCAUUAACUGAAAAGGACUACAUCACCGAAUUGAGUGGCUUAGCAGAGGUUCAACGCAAAGCCGAAGCAGCUGCAAACGAUGUAGAAUGGGAUAGUGAUGAAGAGGGUAUGGAAGAUGAAGAGCCUGAAUUACUAUGA